CUACCAUCCUCCACACAGACUCCUACAGACAAAUCCAGUCAACAUUUAAAAAAUCAUCAGAGCCUUUUGAAAAGCAGCCUGCUUAUCUUCCUCGUCUUCUUUUAAAGCUACGUAAGGAGACAUUUGGAAGACCUGCUGAUUCAUGAAGAAAUGCACAUCAUUGGAUAACUAAGGACCCUUGCUAUUCUGGGCAGCAAAGAGAAGCAUCUCACAUCUGUGACCUGCAGUUUUUCUUUUUCUUUUUUUUAUCAACAGUAACUCACAAAGAAGAUCGGUACAGCCCUCUGUUUCCUCCAGUUACCUCAAUCUCAGCUAUUUUGUGGAUUUUCAACAUAGUCAAAAGAACAGAAUAUGUCAACCACAGCUUUUCACAAAAUCCUACGACCCCUUCUGCUUGCUACCUUCAUUCUGGGAUGCUUUGUGACUUUAUUUUUUAUGUAUUUCAAGCCAUCCACCAACUGGCUUUAUAGACCAAUAGAACCAACAGCUUACACGGAGCAGGUCAAGACACACCUUGUUACUGGGAGCAGUGAAAUCAUGACCGUUGUGCUGCUCUGGCUUUGGCCCUUUGGACAAACCUAUGAUCUGAAUGUCUGUAGCUCUCUUUUCAACAUUGAGGGCUGUUUCAUCACAGCAGACAGAAACCUCUACAACAAGUCAGAUGGUGUUGUCAUCCAUCACCGAGACAUCUCUGGUGAUCUAUCCAAUCUGCCGAAGCUCCAGCGGCCAUCAUUUCAAAAGUGGAUAUGGAUGAACUUGGAGUCACCGUCUCAUUCAUCUAAGCUGCCUGGCAUGGCAAACUUGUUCAAUCUUACACUUAAUUAUCGUCGGGAUGCUGACAUUCAAGUGCCCUCAGGGUCUAUUAUACCUUCAGAGACUCAGGAGGCGUUUGUACCACCUAAAAAAGAUAAGCUGGUAUGCUGGAUUGUGAGCAACUGGAACCAGAACCAUUUGCGUACGAAAUAUUACGAUGAUUUAAAAAAUCAUGUUGAGGUUCAUGUAUAUGGAAAUGCCUUUGGGAAGCCCAUCUCUGACCAAGAUUUCAGCCCCACCAUGGCCAGCUGUAAGUUCUACUUGGCUUUUGAGAACUCAGUUCACAAAGACUACAUUACUGAAAAACUGUACAACCCUCUCUCUGUGGGCACAGUGCCAGUAGUUCUGGGUACAUCCAGAAAGAACUACGAGAACUUUAUUAAACAAGAUGCCUUCAUCCAUGUAGAUGAUUUCAACUCACCCAAGGAACUGGCAGAGUACUUGAUGCUUCUUGACAAAAAUGAUGAAAUGUACCUUAAUUACUUCAAGUGGCGGCAACACUUUACAGUAAGGAAGGUAUAUGCUUGGGCAGAGCACACAUGCUUGGCAUGUGAUUACCUCAAAAGGCACAAAGAGUACCAAGCAUUUAAUAAUGUUGACGAGUGGUACUGGGGCUAAUGGUGCAUUUAAGGGACUUUGCAGUGCUCAUCACCUUCUUGUGAACACACAACACAGUGGUAGCUGUGGAAGGAAAUUCAGUAAAAAUAUGAAUAUAAUAUCUCAGUGAAGCCUAGAAAAAAAGGGUAGUCAAAUAGUUUCAUAUAAAAAUAUUUCUCAGCAUAGUAGGUGACAUUUUUUCUGAAGUUUGUAUUUUUGCCCCUAAUUGAACCAAGCCUGCUAAUGAUAAAGGACAGAUGGCUGCCGUAUUAAAUGCUCAGAAGAUUUAAGACAGUAUCAGUCUAAAUUUUUUAGAUAUCGUAUCAAUUUCAGUAGAUAACCUAUCAAUUUGACAGUUGUUUUAAAUGCAAACAGCAUUACAUGACUAUUAUUAUCAUAUAUAUAUAUGUAUAUUUUUUUUUUUUUGUAAAAAAAGUUGAGUGAAACUGUGUUACAACUAUAUGCAACUGUGUUGGCAGCUUCGUUGUGGAAGUAACAAACAUAUUUAAAUAUUUCCUCGUUCUCAAAGUCACCAACCAGUAACAUGGGAUGAACCAUCAUAGAAUCUGGUCCUGAUGACAAAAACCUGUUAAUCAAGCUUUUACAGCUACAAUCGACUGGGUCAAAGCCCGUCUUCAAGCGGAAGUCAUUCCUGCAUGUUCGACAGUCAUGAGGCCUUUCAACACUGCAUUAAUGAAGGAAACAUACAAUGUGUUGUAUAUAUUUUUUAACGUUCAAAUUUACUUUACAAAGGGCAAAUGUCAGCAGGUUAAUUCCACUUUAUAUCUCUUAGUAAUGAAUGCUGCUUUAAGACUUUUUGACUCAAACCAAAAACCAAGAAACACUUGAAGUGGAUAAACAGUUAUAGGCCAGCGCUUUUCAAACUGGGGGUCCCAAGGAAAUACCGCCAUAUGUUAUUGUGGGGGUUUUGGCUCACAAAGUUUGAGAAAUACUGUUGUAGGCAAUGCUUUCAGUGUAGAGGCAGGCUCAGUAAAUUUUUCUAUCAGGUGGUAAUCCUGUAGGCAUAACCUUACCAAAAAACAUGUGCCAAAAUGUAAAACAGAGAAACAGUUCUUUUGAUGAGGAUUUGUGUGACUCACUGUGCAUUUGGCUGUCUUAGAUGGAGAUAAUGUUGGUUCAGAAACUAUCAUGAAAAACAUUCAUUUGUUCCACAGGUUAACUAUGAAAUUCCCAAUCAUGGUUUCAUUGUACAGUCCUAACUCAUGAAUGAGACCAAAGAUUUCUUGUGCUGUGCAUUUAGAGUGUGUUGUCUCUUUCCUUCUUUUUCCUUCACUUUCUUUCUUAUUAUAAAAACAAUCAUGCAGUGUGGCUCCUUUCCCCCCUGCUUUGAGUCUGUGAAUGUGUCUCAGCACCAGAAGGUGACAUUUGUGCUGUUUAACCAGAUGCUAAUUUUGUGUUCUAGUAUCCUAAAAUAAAUUAAAAAUGCUGUUUUCUGACUUAUAUGAAGGUGUGUGGUGGGUUGGAGUUGGGGAGCAGGGAAUUACCAGUACUGGUUCUAGUCUACCAGUUUACCAAAAAUAAUCAAUGUUUGUUUUUGUUUUUUUAUUUGU